ACUUCCGGUUCAGAGGCUGAAGGGGCUGCUGCCGGGCUGGUUGUGUACCGUUAGAUGAACCAUAAACGGGCGGCGUUGUUACAGCGUCUGCCAUUUUGAUUAGAAAUAGCGUUACUUCAGGAGAUAUUGUAAUAGCCUACACUAAAUCAAGGCUACACUCUUGUAGGCAAAAUGCUUUCAGCAGCCCAGUUACUCGAUGAGUUAAUGGGCCGAGAUAGAAACUUGGCCCCUGACGAGAAGCGAUCCAACGUGCGAUGGGACGACGAGACCAAGGUAUGCCGAUACUACCUGUGUGGCUUCUGCCCAGCUGAGCUAUUCACAAACACCCGCUCAGACUUGGGCCCUUGUGAGAAAAUCCAUGAUGAAAAUCUUAGAAUAACGUAUGAGAAAAGCUCUCGGUUCAUGAAGGAGGGCUAUGAGCGGGACUUCCUGCGCUAUUUGCAGUCACUCUUGACAGAAGUGGAACGUCGGAUUCGUAGAGGGCAUGCCCGCCUUGCACUUUCUCAGGCUCAGCAGAAUGCAGGGGGUCCUGGUCCAACAGGAAAGAACGAGGAGAAAGGCCAGGUUCUAACCGAGAAGAUUGAAGACCUAGUUUUACAGAUUGAGGAGCUGGGGUCGGAGGGCAGAGUGGAGGAGGCCCAGGGAAUGAUGAAGCUGGUGGAACAGCUGAAGGAGGAGAGGGAGCUGCUCACCUCCACCCCCUCGACCAUCGAGAGCUUUGCAGCCCAAGAGAAACAGAUGGAGGUGUGCGAGGUGUGUGGGGCCUUCCUCAUUGUGGGUGACGCCCAGUCCAGAGUAGACGACCACUUGAUGGGCAAGCAACACAUGGGCUACGCCAAGAUCAAAUCCACUGUGGAGGAGCUCAAGGAGAAACUACGUCGUCGCUCAGAGGAACCCCAAGAUGAAAGCCCAGCGCUUAAGAAGGACAGAGAAGACCGUGAGCGUGAGAGGGAGGAAAGGGAGAAAAAGCGCAAAGAGGAGGAAGAGAAGGAAAAGGAGCGGGAGAAGGAACGUGAAAAGGAGAAGGAACGAGAGAAGGAGCGUGAGAGGGAGAGAGACAGAGACAGAGACCGCGAACGGGACAGAGAUAGAGACCGGGAGAGGGACCGGAGGACACGUCGAAGCAACUCAAACAGCCGCCACUCCAGUCGAGCAUCAGACAGGAAAAGGAGCAGGUCCCGAGAUCGCAGACGGUCCAGGAGCAGAGACAAGGACAGGGAGAGGGAACGCAAACGCAGCAGGAGCCGGGACAAGGAGAGGGAGAGGGAGAGGGACAAGGAGAGGGAGAGGGACAAGGAGAGGGACAAGGAGAGGGAGAGGGACAGGGAGAGGGAGAGGAGGCGCAGCCGAGAGCGUUCUGACAGAAAGCGUCGCACCCGCAGUCGCGACAGGAAGAGGUCGCUCAGCUCGGAGCGCAAAUCUCACCGCCAUCGUAGCCGCAGCAAGGACAAGGACAAGGACAAGGACAAGGACAGAGAGAGAGACAGAGAGGAGAAGAGAGACAGGGACAGAGAGCGGUCAUCGAAAGACAAAGACCGUAAGGUGCCGGAGGAGAGGAGCAGCUCUAAGAAAGACAAGCACUCUGACGGCGAUGCAGCUGCCAUCAAGGCUUCGUCAGAAGCAGAACCGAUGGAGAAAGAGGCGGCUGCCUCUGCCUCCGCCUCCCCUCAGCUUAACGGCCAGCAAGAGCUCCUCCAUUCUGAAGGUGACACUCAGUCCAAUUAAAACUGAUCUGAUAGGACCUCAGAUCAGGCUCAGGUAAGUGCGUCCUCCUCCUCGCUCCCCCCUGGCUCUAAACCCCUCCACCCUCCCACCUCUCCCAUCUCCCCUACCCACCCUCACCCAACCUUUCCCACCCUGUUUUACGUUCAGUUCAAUGCCUAUGAUUUUGUCUUAUGUACUAUGUGCAUAUAUCUUUAUCCUGUUUUUGAAUAGUGCAUCAUAAUUAUGCACUGAAGACGAAGAACUAGGCCCGAUGAAUGAGAAGAAGGUAGAAAAGAUUCACACAAAGCCAAGAGGGAAAGGCCAGUGUAGCCCUGAGCAAACAUGCCCGGAGGUACCCCUCGUUUUCUAUAUCGGUUCUUCAUCCAUAUAGAUGUGUAAUUGUCUUUGUGGACAGAAUGGCAGAAACAAUAUUAAUCACUCCACUCAAAAUGUUCCUGCCUGUAUUUACCUGUUUUUUGUUUUGUUAUUUUUACUUUUAAGAAGGAAAAUGUAGUAAUUUUGAUUUGCUGAGAUAUUUCCCUCCACAUACGAAGAAGCUUCAGCCAUAUGUAAACACGCAUACAUUCUUAAAGCUAUCGCCAAAGAUGUACGUGGAAAUAGAAGCCUUUUUAUUUUGACGUAAUCGUACCUCAAAUGCCAUGGAUCUGUUGUCUAGCUUACUGUGCCUGAUAAUGCCAUGCAGUGUGUGUUUUGGGGGGUGUCAUAGCACCGGGGGCCUUACGUAACUUACUAACUGGAGGGUAGGGUUUAUCAAAUGAAUUGCAGCUGACUUCCAUACCUCACACAGCGUUGGUGUUGUGAGCGAGACCACAUGAGAAAAGGGCAAAUUAAAAAUCAUGGAUACUCUCUGACUGUCAAACUGUGCAGGUACUCACCCCAGGUACUCCUUUCUCUACCCACAUCCAUUUCUGAAUGCUGUUGCCUGUCAGAAAAACAAUUCUGUACUUCUCCAGAACAUGAACUUGAAAGCUUGAAUGUGUAUAUAUUUUUAUUUAUUUAUUGUGUUUCUUCUAUUUGCUACCUUUCAAAUAUGUUUGGGGGAAAAGGUUGUUUCAUAGAAAUGUCAGAGGGACACGAUGCACAGACGGCCUGCUUGAUAUACCUUUGCAAACUGCUCAAAUUGUCACUGAUUGUAGAUUUCCCCGUAGUGUUCCGCAAUAAGAUUUUGUUAGGAUGUUUUUGUUCACUUGGUAGGAUGCCGUGUUUGUCUCCACCCAUAAUUAAUCAUUGAAUCUGCAAUGUUAAAAAAAAAAAAGUGGACUUUUGCAUCGGCGUAAGGAAUAUCAAACAGGUUUGUCACCGUUUGUAAAACAGUAGGGUCUGAGCCAGAUUGAUCUUGAGUGCAAACGUCUGAUCAAAAAUAAUACAUUUCAAGAUUAACUGACAAAUAUUUACAAAAUAUGAUAUUCUGGCCAAAUGUUACUAUUGUGCAUUAUUAGCAGUGUCUCUCUUUUAUCAUCUAAAGUUUCCUCUGCGGCUAAUUGAGGGAGCUAUUUAACCAGCAGUCUUUAUGUAGAUGGUAUUGCUGCUCCAGUAGCAGCAGCUGUUGCUACAAGCACUUGUUGUGGGACCUUUGCUGACAUUGCGUUUUGUGGACGUUUUUGCUCAACAGGGGAAGCUGGGAUUUCUGGUGGAGGAAGAAGUGGAAGAGCGCACGCAUCCUUUCCCUGAACCUGACACCUCGCUGCUUAAAAACAAGGUGAACCACAAAUGUGCAGUGGCUUAUUUAACAACAUGAACAUACAUGUGUAAAUGAGGAGAGAGGGGGAAAAAUACAUUGCUUUUUCUCAUGUUCCAUCACCUGUCUAUCUUUUGGCUGGAUGAGGGUAGUUGUGGUUCAUCUGAUGUAUAUCUUGGUCUGGAUGUCGGGCAGGCGUCACUUUUGAAUACCAAACUUUAGAGAAGUUCAUUUAUGGGUUUUUGUGUUCUUAUUUUGAAAACCUUUUACACAUCCACCUUGUUUCCUGACAUUUAGUGAAAAUGAAAUAAAUAAAAAAAACAAAAACAGUGCUUGUGGUUUGUUUUGGUUUGUCAGGUUCCACUUCACUCUCUUUUUUUCUUUUUUUAAGUCAGUUGAAAGCGUAUGUACAAUGUUUAGUCCCAUGACGGGGCGUGUCUCUUUUCUCCUCCACUUAGAGCUCACAUUGAUUGCUCUUGUCCCCUUACUGUAAAAUAUACUGAUUUAAAAUUUUGAUCAAGAUUCGAAGACUGAAGAUUUGUUUAAUUUUGCUCUGUGCUUUUAAUGUCCAUGUUGUCUCGAUGAAUAAAAAGUAAAAACUU